CAGUGUCAGUUGGGGUCGUGUCGGAGGAGUGCUCGUGCGUUUUUUUGUUGUUUAGUCUGGGAGUAAACAAAAGAGAUUUUUGUGCAUUUUUCUGUUUCUCUUAGCAGAGAGGUGCAGUCUUAGAACUAGUGUUUAGUUUAUCGCGAUGAAGUUGGUCGACUAAAGUGCUGUGAUUAGUGUAAAAGAGUCGUUUUAGUGCGAAGAAAGCAGUGUCCAAGUGCGUAGUGACAGCAAACUCGUCCUUGUGCUUCGUUUGUUUACGUAAGAUGUGACAGUCCGUCACAUGAAAUCUGUUGAUGCCCUGGCCACUGCUCGAAAAGUACCCUUACCCGAAUCGCGACCACCGCGUCGUCGUCGACUUCCAGCACGUGAAGAACCGGCCAGUUCUCCCCAAUGUUGUCGAAAGGCAUUAGAAAUCAGUACUUUGCAACGAUAUGUGCAAACUUGUCCACACUGAUCUACGGGCUGUCCAUCGGGUGGCUGUCGCCGAACUUGGAGCUGCUGCUGUCCGCUGACACGCCGCUCAGCUCCGGCGUCAUCACCCGGUCCGAGGCCGGCUGGAUCGGCUCGAUCGGCACGGUGGGCUGCGUGCUGGCCGUGCUGAUCUGCGGAUGGGUCGCGGAAAUCGUCGGCCGGAAGGCCGCCCUCAUGCUCAUCGGGGUGACGCAGCUGGCUAGCUGGGUCGUGGUGCUGUUUGCCUCGGACCUGACGAUGAUCUACACGUUCAGGAUUCUGGGAGGCUUCGCCGGCGGAGGCACCUUCUCCGUCAUCCCACUCUUUGUGUCGGAAAUCUCGGAGGAUAGGAUCCGUGGAACUUUGGGGGCCAUUUUAUCCAUCACUUGCAAUAUCGGAAUAUUGUUAGGUUUUAUCCUAUGUUACUAUUUAGAUUAUUUUACGGUUACUUACAUCGCGCUGGCGUUUUGCAUUUUAUUCUCUGUUGGGUGUAUGUUCCUGCCAGAAUCUCCGCAAUAUCUGUUUACCAAGGAAAAGAAAGAUAGAGCGAUAAGGUCCCUGCGGUUCUACCGCGGUGAAGCCGACAACGAGUCGUCCAAGUUUAUUUCGGAAGUUGCCCGGUUCAAAGAGAUGCACGGCAACGUUCCGCCCCCCAACCCGGACUCGGGACGGCGUGUGCAAUUACAUAUUAAAGAUUUGUUGAACAAACCAACCCUCAAAGGCAUUUUAAUUUGUGUCAUAGUGAUGAUGUUCCAUCCGAUGUCCGGAUCGGUCCCGCUCAUCACCUACACCGAUAGCAUUUUCCGCGAGUCCGGUUCGGACUUGCCGCCCGCGACCUGUGCCAUGAUCGUGGCCGCCAUCCAGCUGCUGGGUUCGUACGCGUCCUCGAUGACGGUGGACAAGGUGGGCCGCAAGGUGCUGCUCGUUGUGUCCUCGCUGGGCUGUGCCAUCUGUGCCGCCAUUAUGGGCACCUACACAUUCCUGAACGUGGUCGGCGUCGACCUCAGCUUCUUCAAGUGGAUCCCGGUGACGACCCUGUCCGGCCUGGUGUUCAUCACCGCCAUCGGCAUCGGUAUCGUGCCGUUCAUCAUCAUGCCGGAGAUCCUGGAGCCGAGGGUGCGCGGCUUCGUCGUGACCUGGUGCCUGCUCGAGUUCCACACCGUCGCGUUUCUGGUCGUCAACUUCUUCCCCACGGUCGUCGAGCGGUUCGGCCUCUACUCCGUCAUGUGGUUCUUCUCGUGCUGCUGCGUCGCGGCCGCCACCUUUGUGAUAUUCUACGUGCCAGAGACCAAGGGGAAAAGCUUCGAGGAAAUCACGGAAGCGCUCGAUUCCGAGAAGAAACCCGUACCAAAGCGAACCUCUAUAGAUGUUUAGAAAGUUUGUGUGCUAUACCAGUCGAGUCAUAUGUAACAAAAAAACAUACAAUACAAUACAGUACACAAAACAAACACACAACCAGAAAAAUACAAAAAAGUAACCAGAAACUUUUUUUUCGUGUAAAAAAAAAUAUACCGCAAAACAAUGAAAAAACACUACGCGCAUGACAAGUUCAAAUGCUAGUUCGUAAGUCGUUCUUAAGCUUUAAUUUUUAUGUAUAAAAUUUAUUACGUUAAUAAAUGUAAGUCAUUUUUAUAA